GAUGGUGUAAAUUAGUGAGACAACAACACGUGCUAAUGAUAUAAAUUUCCGAGCACGGGUAAGAAACAAAAGUGUUUGCAAAUAUGGUUUUGCAUGCGCGUUUUCACAUCACGACUAUUUGUUUCACACGAUGUUGUUCGAUAUAGAAAAUAGAUGUCGAGGAAACGCACGAGCAGAUGAUUCAAUAGUUUGGAAUUGGUAUUUUGUUUGUGUAAAAAAUGCAAGCUAAGUUGUUUAGUAGAACACUACGAGCAUACAUCUUAAAAUCUUGUUUACUACGCAACUACCCAACUAAAAUCAUUGGUAUAAGAUUCUUCAAGUUGUACCGUGCGUAUCAUCAGGUAAACAUGUAGCCGCACAGGAUAUUGCAGCCAGGUGUACAUUCAUGACGGUCUCCAUAAGAGAUUCUUUGUUGCGUCAGCUUGUUUAAGCGAUCAUUACCUAGCGAUGACAAGUUUACGGCCAUCGGUGUGCUAUCAAUUUGAUUGCUUAAGUUGAAGUAAUACGGAGGUUGAAUUGGUGGCUAAUAGUUAUUUAUCGAUGUAUGCAGAAGCUGAUGUUGGGAACUUGCCGAUGAGUUUAGCAGUCGCUGAACGACGGUUAACGAAUGUGUGGAUUGACACAUUUCUGUUUUUAACGAUCGGGUAUUCAAAGUUUAAGUUGAUCGGUAAACACAUUUGCUUAAUAGGUGAAGUUCUAUUAAAUGAAAAAUAUCAAGCAUAAUCUUAUUAAACUAAAUUGAAUGCUGUAUACAAAGAAAAAUCUAAAAGAAACUAUUAGAUUGGUGAACAAGUUGAACAACAAUCAACGAACAACUGAGAUAACCAUAAUUACGAUUUAACACAAUUAUUUUACAACAAAUGUUAGUUCCCUGACGAACAAGCGACACUGAGCACUCUUUGUUCUGCCAUAUUUUCUUGUUACAUAGUUGACUGACCCCGUAUGUUAAUCACUAACAACGAUCAUCUGUUACUCGCUGUGGUUCGAAUGUUCGUCGACAAACGGUAGAGCAAUGAUUCGUUAUUGAAACAAAUGAACGAAAAUGGUGAUAGAUUUGGAUACAAUGUAAUUCUUAAGCUGUAGUAUAAAUUAUGCGUAUCUAGCAUACGACCGCAUCAGUUCACUAGUUGAAACAGACCAACAUGCAUCUAAUUUGGGCCACUCUCCUUGCUUUCGUCGCGGUAGUAUAUACGGCACCCGGUCCGUGCGAUUUACCAAGUUUGUCCGAGGUAGGCAGCCAGUAUCUUGUGUUUGGACAGGAUUGCCGACAGUAUGCCUAUGGUUACAAUGCUGGAUCAUCGGCAAAAGUUGAAGUGAAGAACGCAAACGGUACGGUAUUCGGAGCCUAUCACUACAUCGAUGCCAACAAUGUAACGCAAAGGGUGAACUACACGGCCAACGAUGUGGACGGGUUUCUGGUGGAAGCAUCCAAUUUGCCUGUACCUGUUAAGGACACCAACGUGGAAGAUUCAACUGUUACCGAUGUCCCAACAACAUUUCCUACCGUUGCUCAAGAAGAGAAAACGACCCAAUCAAACCUAGUGCGUGAUUCUGUGUCCGGCGUAACUGAACAUCGUAACACAUAUUUCAAACCCAUCCUCUCGGUAUGGUACCCGGCCAGUUCGUACACUCGCGAUCCCUUGGUAGUGCAAAACGCGGAAGUGUUAGCUCAAAAAACCGAAAUGAAUAGAGGUUGAAAUGGUAUGACAGGGAAUAUAAUUUAUCGAAAUAAAUACUGGUUGAAAGUUUAUUUUGUCACUUUUCAUCAAAUAUUGGAGCAAACAAAUCCUUAGAACAUAG